AUGGAAUGCUUGGGUUUUGUUCUGCUGAAACCAGGAUCCCCAGAGCCACUGCAAGUCAGGAAAGGAAAGGAGAAACAGAUGGAGUUUUGGCUCUGGACCAGCAUAACCCAUCAUGCCAACUACAGCUGUCUAUAUUACCAGCAGGAUUUCCCGUAUUUGGGCUCCUUUCCUAGUAACAACGUGGAAAUCAGGGUGACAGAUAAAGAUAACGCUGUCGUGGUCUAUGUUACAAUUUCCACCUGCGUCUCCCUCUCCCUCCUCUUCAUCUGUAUCUUCGUGGUCUACAAAUGUACCCAGCACGGUCCCCAUCAGCCAUCUCAGGGGACCCUCGUUUGCAAAAAGCCUCUGCUCAUCCCAUCUCCAAACGACCCCAACUCGACCACUGAGUAG